CAUACUAGACCACAUAGUUGUAGUGGAUGUGCAGGUGACCUAAUUAAACAUAUGAAGAUUCAUAGUGACAAGAACCAAUAUUGCUGUUCAAUAUGUGGUAAAUGUUUUAAGAUGAAAAACAAUUUAACAAUUCACGUGAAAACACAUACUGAGGAAAAAACACACGGAUGUCCUACAUGUGGUAAAAACUUAAUAGAUAAAGGAAAUCUUACAAAACACAACAGAAUUCAUAGUGUUGAGAAAAAAUAUCGUUGUGAAAUAUCCAUCAAUUUGAAGGAACACAUGGAAACACAUACUGGUUUAUAUGAUAAACCACGUGCACAUGAAUGUGAUAUAUGUGGUAAAAGAUUCAGGAAGAAUAAUUGUCUCACAAUUCAUAUGAGGACCCAUACUGACGAGAAGCCCUUCAAAUACAUGGUGUGUGGUAAGGCGUUUAGACAAAGCAGUAACCUGAACACACACUUGAAAAUUCAUACGGGCAAUAAAAAUCAUAAUUGCGAUGUGUGCGAUAAAACAUAUAAUUCUCCGGGAGAAUUGACUUCUCAUAUGAGAAUACAUACUGGUGAGAAACCCUAUACUUGUGAUACAUGUGGUAAAGGUUUUACUCAUAAAAAUCGCCUGACUAAACAUGUGGGCAGACAUCCAGAUUAUAAGGCUUUUGAUUGUGAAACUUGUGGUAAAAGUUUUAGAUUAAAAAAUAAUUUUGUAAGUCACAUGAGAAUACACACAGGUGAAAAACCGUAUAAAUGUACCAAAUGUGGUAAAAGCUUUGCUGAAAAUGGGUCUUUAACAAUACAUACGAGAACACAUACGGGUGAAACUCCAUACAAAUGUGAUAUAUGUGACAAAAAGUUUUCCGUCUUAAGUAAUUUACAAAGACACAUUAAAAAGACACACAAUGGUGAUAGGCCCUUUCGGAGACAAAGCUCAGUUACAAAGACACAUGAGAUCACACACUGGUGAAAGGCCCUAUGGGUGCGAUACGUGUGGUAAGAGAUAUGCAGAUUCUGGUGGAUUGAAGUGAACACAU